AUGCACUUCACCAAGACACACGCACCCGUCGCACUCGCCAUUGCUGGCGGGGCACUUCUGACGGCGGCAGCGCCAGUCGGUUCUCCUCUUCCAAACCCUCACUCUCCAAGCUUCGUCCCGUCUCUUCGCAGCGAAGCCGACCUGCUCUUCCGUCCCGACCAUCUUGGCCCUCGUAACGCUGCUAACGUCGUGGAAGAUGUUCUCGGAGGGAUCUUUGGGGCAGGCGCUAGCUUGCUUGGGGGUAGGUUGGGUGGAAUGGGUGUGGGUUCAGACCCCAUGUCAGGCGCGAUGGCAGGUACAAACUGGGUUGAGUCUUUGCAAGCCCAGCACGGGGACGGAACUAAAGGGUCUAAGCCCAAGCAGACCAACGGCUCCAAUUCCCAGCAACAAGGCCAGCAGCAAGGUCAGCAGCAAAGUCAGCAGCAAGGCCAGCAGCAAGGUCAGCAGCAAGGUCAGCAGCAAGGUCAGCAGCAAGGUCAGCAGCAAGGUCAGCAGCAAGGCCAGCAGCAAGCUCAGGAAGCGCAGCAGCGACGCAACUUCCAGCAGGAGUCCCGCAAUCUGCUGGACCGUGAGCUUCAUCGACGCUAUCGUGCCCCGCAAAGUGCAGAUUCGGGGCGGAAAUCGAAGUGCUCAAAGCCUGAAUCCAAGCACGAUCGUCAUCCGAAGUCGGACAAGCGAGCGUCAGCGAUGAACGAGGAGCUGACCUACAGGUCCACCUCACAUGAUCAAAAUGCCGACUCGCAAGAGGAGGACUGCGAGGAGCAGGGAGCUGCAGACCAGAGCGCAUCGCAAUCAUCCUGGACCGGGUCGACGAACACGACGGACAUCACGAGUCACACCAAUUCUACCGUGACAGUCGAAUGCAACGAUUUGGCUUCAUUGCAAGCGACAAUUUCCCAGUCGGCUCGUGGCGGCGAACCAAUACCUCGCUUUCCCUACGCUCUUCAGAAGGCCUUUCAAUCGUCAUGUCCACCACAAGCCAACGCGCAGUACAAAGGACACGGUCCGGCUUUUUCCCAUUUCCCUAUACCUGACGGGGCACUCGCGGGCGAACAUCCACAUUAG